AUGGCCAGAGCGCAAGAAACGGCCCUAGCCUGCUACAAUGGUCUUCCGAAGGUGCACAAUCGUAUCUUUCAAAGGAACUCCAACCUACAGACCGGCAAAGACCUGGCAGUCGAGACUAGUCAACUACUCCUACGAAAGAAAUACGAUGAAACGGAGAAUCGCUUCGGGCGCGCCCAAAUCUUCCAGUUCUUUAAGUUCUGUCUCAAGACGGACUUUACCUUCAAUGGAACUAUCUACGAGCAGGUGAAGGGCACGCUAAAGGGCUCGCCUAUUUCCGGACUCAUAGCAGAGGCGGUCAUGCAACGGUUGGAGUGGCAAAUUUUCCGACACCAUAGACCGAAAUUCUGGGCUCGGUAUGUGGACGACAUCUCCGUUGUAAUUGAGUGGGAUCAAGUGCUUACAUUCAAAGAACGUCUAAACGCCGUCUCCCUGGACAUUUAA